AUGGGUGGUGAACGACGAUGUCCAGCUGUACAGUUGACUGAAGAUCAAAUUGAAGAACUGAGAAUGGGAUCUACGAAAUGUGACAGACAUGAGUUCAAUGAUACUAAAGGAAUGCAAAGAUAUACGGAGGAUUCUUUGCGACGAUUGGCUGCCUCAGCACAAAGUAUUUACGAACAAAUUACUGAGACUGGGAGCUCGGGUAAUUAUUGUCCAUUUGACACUGAAAUCCAUGAAGUAUGCAGGAGUGAUCCGCCCAUGGGGACUACUCGACCGGAAGUUCCAUAUCCGCAGAAGAUAAUCGGAGAGUCCACUGUUCUGCUGGUGGCCGAAGACAGCGCAAAACUACAAGGGGAUUACAAGAAUUUGUUGCUGCCUAAUAAACUGUACUCAUCAAUGUGCAUGUCGCAGAGUUUUGUUGAGAGCUGGAAUAAGUAUGCACAGAUUGCGUAUCACUAUUUUGUUGGACAGAAACCGGAUUCCAGUUAUGCUAGGGUGUUUCCAGAUGUUAUAUUUGGACAAGAUACUGAUGCGUGUAAUAAGAGAGAUGAACUCGUCAAAAGAUUGCAAAAAGAGACUGACCUGACCUCAAGAUUGAACUCUAAAAAUGUCAUGAUUGUUCUUCAGUACGAAGAUGAAUCCUCGCUGAGUUUAAUGAAAAACACCAUACACGCCAUCGCUGAUGAUUUAACACCCAUGGAUCAAAUCGGCAUGGUUACCUCUGCUGGCACUCACCAUGACAGCCAGAUGGAGCUUUUCACACGGGAAAACGAGAUGCAGUUUUUGAAUUUUAUUGACGACAUGAUGUACUCUGAACCAAUACGAGAUAUCAGAGAUACAGUGGAGGAAGGAUUCACUGUAUUAAAAGCAAACAAACAUGGCUGCUCAUUUGCCCUCAUUAUUCUUACUGAUACUUUGCUGAAACAAGGUCUCGUACAAACUGUUGAAGAGCAAAACAAAAAUUUUAAUUCCACUGUGUUUGUAUACCUAUAUGGAUAUGCUGCAACUGACAUGUACGCAAGAGAUGUUGCCAUAGAAACAGCUUGUACAAAUGCAGGUGCAUGGGACAUCAUGCCUUCAGAAGUGUUGGCGGCAGACAGGGUGAAGAAUUACCUCAAAUUUCUUCCAACAAAUCUUAACUCGGUCAUUCUGCCAGUCUGGUUUGAGUCACAGUAUGACCUCUUGAUGCCAGAUGUCUCUUCUAAUGCUAUGGUUUCCUGUAUGCCAAUUCUUAGUGGCUCAGCUUUACUGGGGACGCUCUGUGAUUAUAUCGCCAUGGAAACAAUUGAGCAGUUCAGUGACAGCUCAGAGGUGCUUGUGUCAUUACGAAAUAAUACAACUACGUGCAUGAGGGUGUAUUUAACCGAGGAUGAGCUUAAUGAUAUCAGAAGAGUGGGUGCCAAAUGUAAAACUCCAGAACCAAAAGUACUUACAGCUGGUGGUAUUGUUGGUAUCGUGUUCAUGGUUGUGGGAGUUGUUGCAUUGGUAGUGGUUAUUGUUUAUAUCUGUAUCAAAAAACGGACGUAUGACAAAAUAUACUACUUCUUCAAAUCACCACUCAGGAAGGACAGUCCUCAACCAUCAUCAGCCGACCAAUCAGAUCAUCUUCUCUCAUGCUUUGAAAAGGCUACAUCAUGGCAGUACGAGACCGCUCUCUAG